UAAAAGUUACGUCUGGUCGUCUCUGGGAGUCACUGCUCUGGCCUUCCUCACUGGAGCCUUGGCCUUCUGGCUGCCCACCUUCCUGUCCCGAGCUCAUGUCACCCAGGGCCUCCGAGCUUCAUGCAGCGGAGACACCUGUGACUCCACAGACAGUUUUGUCUUUGGCGCCGUGACCAUUGUGACCGGCAUUCUGGGCGGGGCUCUGGGCACCACCUUAUCCAGACACUUAGUGGGCAAGUUUCCACAAGCGGACCCUCUCAUCUGUGCAGCGGGCAUGCUGGGAUCAGUCCCCUGCCUCUUCAUUAUCAUUUUUGUGGCAUCCUCAAGCAUUCCAGCCACUUAUAUCUCUGAUGCCAUACGCUCAUCUAAACCUGAAACCCACCACUGGAGUUUCCACAGUCUGAAGUACAGCCUGAUUCUCUGCCCAUUCGUUGGGAUCCUGGGUGGCAUGUUCUUCCUGAUUACCACCCUUUACAUCACCGAAGACAGGAAAGAAGUCCAACGACUGGUUGAAGCAGAUCUGCAGCCACAGAAGGGUCCCACACCUGACUCCUCCAUGGAGAUGAGCAACAAGAUAACAGAUUAAACUUGAUAAUAUCCUAAAAAUAAACACAAAAAUCAAGAAAAAUUGGUUCGUUUUUCACACAAACUUCACUUAAAGAUCCAGAGGAUUUUUCUCAUUUUGAUAAGAGUCAUGUGUUGUUUGUUAGAGGAUCAGUUUAAGUUCAUCCAUGAGGACAAAUCUUCCUCUCAGGUUCUUCUUCAUUGUGUGCAGAACAUGAUACCAGUUCAUCAUCUACCAUCUUUAUUUUAUUUUAUUUUAUUAUUUUAUUUAAAAUACCUCCCAUACUGGCUUCAUACAGAGUAUUUGAAAAGUAAAAGUAUUUUUUUGUAAAUACUGGAUUUUUAUUGUUACAUGAAUUCACAAAUAAAAUAUAGGUGCUCAAAGAGCUUGAGUGUUUUAAGUUUUAAUGUUUUACAUAUCAGAUAAUAAAAUGAGUAUUUUGUUUUAAUGUUAA